CAUGUUAGCUGUGGAUCAAAUUCAAAAGUUUUAUCUUUACAAGAAGAGGACAGACAGUAGAUUUUCCGUGCCCACAGUUGUUGAUCUAUUCAUCGACAAUGACGACGAUGACGAUGGUUGCCCAGCAAGCCAUCAUAAAAAUAACUUUGAUCCCCAUGGGGAUCAGAGGGAAAUGAUUCGAAAAAUAGAUGAGCGAAGAGAAAAGAUGGGAAAGGCUCUCAACAAACACAGAUAUUUGACAGAGGAGCUAAACUUGGCGAUCGAACAACUGGCGACAGACCGCGCCAAUCUAAUGCUAGAGCGCCAUCUGUUGGCAGUAACCAAGGAGAGGAUGAGAAUGAAGAAAGAGCUAGUGUCAUCAUCUAGUUGUCUGAGAGGACUCAUCAGGUCAAAGUUCAAAGCUCCUCUAGAAUCAUUGAGUAUGGAAUCUUUACUCGACGUCGACAAAAAUAACAAUUCGAAAUCAUCGGCGGCGUCGACCUCAGAACUCGAUUCCGGUAGGAACUUCCAGGCGAAUGUCAUGCUCGAAGAUCGGGUUCGCAAACAUUUUCCAAAACUCCGCGAUCGAUGUCGGAACCUCACGAAUACCGACGAAGCGGCCAGACUUCAGGAAGACAUCAAAUUGCAGGAGGAGAUUCUAAACUAUCUCUACUUGAAGGUUGAAGCGAUUAUCUUCAAGAAAUCCUUCAAGAAACCAACGAACAACAAGCCGACGACUUCCAUGGCGUUGGUGCUUCUGUCGUCAUCAUCGACGCCUUCGAAGCCGAAAUCGGACGACAAACGGCGCAAGCGAAAACAGCUUCAGACAACAUCGAGAACGAGAACGAACAGCUCGGAAGAAACACGGAGUUCCGGGAUUGGAUCCAUCGACAGCCUUUUCCGGGACGUGAUCAGGCAAGUUGGAACGGAGAGCCGUUCGACAUCGCGCAGCACUUCAUCGACCACGGGAGCAUUGCAACAAAUCACGAUUGAUAUUGCUGAUUCAUGACUAUAAAGACGAUCACAAAACCAUAUGUAUACAUAACCCCAGCGAGUGUGUAUUUUUUUUUAAUUAUUCAACUCAGGACUUGAAAUUCGAUUGCUAAAUAAUUCAAGAAAUGGCAUAAGCUCAUUCACAAACGGGAGUUUUCGAAACAGCUAUACACAGACGCUUUCUGUAACGUAGACAAUCUAUUGUCAAAUUCCCUUCAUGACAAUGAAGUCUUUGUCGAGGGUUGGUGAAUCGAAACAGCAGUUUCGUCCAUGACUCUUGACCAACGACAUGUUUGCAAUUUCACUGUGAUUUGACUUGCAUUUUCAAUGCAUUCGCUGCUGAGUAGGAUUCAUCCCGUGACACUGACAGAAAACUCGCUGUUGCAGUCACACCGCCGAAACCGUCUCCAACUCGACCCAUAAUGAACAUUCGAAAAAUAAUAAAGAAUGAUUACACUGUAAUAUUUCAAUUUAUGAUGUAGGACAAAAGAAUGUUGUUGAUUAAUUGCCUUGUUCAAUGACAUAUGUACACGUGCAUGCCGUGGCUGCAGGAUUAAACUCUGGGGCCCGUAUUCUGAAGUCAGGUUUAACUUAGACCAUGGUCUAACUCUGUGCUAAAAUUAUGGGAAGCCAUAAGUGUCAAUUUUUUUUUAUCAAGUUGUAUGUUUCUUAUGUUUACUGUGCUCUUUCCUGAUUCAUCGACGGUGAAGACAAUCAUCUAUUUAUACUUCUUGACAAUUAUGAAUGA